AUGGCGCAACUAGACAACGCAUCGUCACACACUCGAGAUGCCGCCCAUGGUUCGCGACCGGCACCGAACGAGCAAACGAGCCUCUUACCAUCCAGAGAGAAUGACUUCCCUCUACAACAACCCAUCCCCCGCCUCAGCCCUCAGAUAAGGCGCUGUCUUGCCGAGUGCUGGGUAUUGCUCUGGCUGUCCUUGCCGGUCAUCACAUCCUAUAUCCUCCAGAACUCGCUUCAGACUAUCUCCAUCAUCAUCGUUGGAAGGUCCAGACCCGAAGAUCUGUCAGUCGCAGCCUUUGCCUACAUGUUUGGUACCUGCUCUGGAUGGCUGAUUGGUCAGGGAGGCUCGACUGCUCUCGACACGCUUGCAUCGGCAGCUUUCACAGGAAGUCCCAACAAGCAUCAACCUGGAAUCCUUCUGCAGCGCUCCUUUGUUGUCUUGACUCUGUUCUACCUUCCCGUGGCUGUCGUCUGGGUCUAUUCCGAGUCGCUCUUUAGACUGCUGGGCCAGGACGCUCGCCUUUCACACGAUUCUGCCAAGUUCCUCACAUGCCUUAUUCCUGGCAGUCUCGGAUACAUCUACUUUGAGAUCAUGAAGAAGUAUCUGCAGGCCCAAGGCAUUAUCAAGCCAGCAACCUACAUCAUGCUUUUUGUAUCUCCACUUAGCGCAAUUCUUAACCAUCUGUUCAUCAAUACACUCGAGAUCGGCUUGAUAGGGGCUCCAUUUGCCACUGGGAUAUGCUAUUGGCUCUCCUUCAUCCUUCUCACUCUAUAUGCCAGAUUCGUCCAGGGAUACGAGUGCUGGGGUGGCUGGACCUGGGCGUGUCUAAGGAACUUGGGCGUAUUUGCUCGGAUGGCGGCACUUGGCAUUGUCCAACUCGGCACAGAGUUCUGGGCAUUCGAGAUCAUCGCCCUGAUUGCAGGACGCUUGGGAGAACUGCCCCUGGCCGGGCAGAGCGUUCUCAUGACGGCCGACCAAGUCCUUGUGACUAUUCCCUUCGGAAUUGGUGUUGCCACUAGUGUCCGGGUCGGCAACGCUCUUGGCUCAAAGGAUAAAAAGAGUGCUAAACGGCAUGCCUACACCUCCAUCAUCUUGAGUGUAACAAUGGCCAGCAUCAUCCUGCUGAUCCUGAUCCUUUCUCGCAACCACUUCGCCAAGCUUUUCACAGCCGAUCCCGAGACUGUGGGCUACGUCUCUCACGUCCUGCCAUGGGUUGCUUUGUUCCAGAUUGCCGACGCCAUCAAUGGCUCUUGUGGCGGCGUCCUCCGGGGCGUGGGCAAGCAACACAUCGGAGCAGCAGCCAACCUCGCAAGUUACUACGCUAUCGCUCUCCCUUUAGGAGCCUGGAUGGCCUUCAAAGGUCUAGAGCUCUCGGGCCUGUGGAUGGGCCAGUGCAUAGGAAUGGGACUUGUGGCUUCCCUUGAACUGUUCUUUGUCCUUUGUACCGAUUGGGACGAGGAGAUCACAAAGGCCCUACUCAGGAUCGAGGAACAGGGACCAGGGCAGGCGGCCGAGCAACAGCAUAUGGUCUAG